GGAGCCGCUUGCAGCGUCGUGCCGGCCUCCGGACUGAUUGACUCAAACUGUCUCUCUCUCGGCUGAAGCGAUCAGAUCCUGCAAACAGACUGGAAAAUGGCGGUGAGCACCGGUACCUCCCUGGUCCUCUCCUCCCUGCUCUCUCUGCUCCUCUUCGCUGGGAUGCAGAUGUAUAGCCGCCAGCUGGCUUCGUCUGAGUUGCUGACCAUCCUGGGGGGGUUCCUGGGGUCGGUCCUUUUCAUCUUCUCACUCACUGCCUUCAACAACCUUGAGAACCUGGUCUUUGGAAAGGGCUUCCAGGCCAAGAUCUUCCCAGAGAUCGUGGUCUGCCUCUCCCUGGCUCUGUUUGCCUCUGGUUUGGUUCACCGGGUGUGUGUCACCACAUGUUUCAUCUUCUCCCUCUUCGCUCUCUACUAUGUAAACAAGAUAUCUGCCGCUCUGUACCAGGCGAUGCCAGUGCUGACCCCGGCGAAGACCACCGGGAAGGGCAAGAAGAAGAACUGACCAGCUGACCAGCUCACCCCUCCACCUGUCCAGGCGUUCGCCCCUCCCUCCCCCUCUUUCAGCCAGUUACAGAAAUUCUGUCCGAGGUUCAGCAUGUCAGCGGCCGCUAGAAUUCAAAAGCCUUCGCAAUUGAGUUUAGAUGGAAGACACUUAAGAGUUCUGGUCAAAACGUUUGUCAUUGAUUUUUCCCUUAAAGACACUGAGAAAGACUUCUAGUCAUUUGUCAGUGAAUUUACACUGAACUUCAGUUUCCUUUAAGAGUUCUUGAGUGUAGUGCUGCCCUGUGUUAAAUUGGAAUUCUAAUCAGAUUUAUACAGCUGCCCUGCCCACAAACUCUGACUCCUCCCACCUGGCGGACCAACCAAUCACAGCAGACCCAGCCCUUCCCAAUAUGCUAACAAGCCAAUCAAAAUAGACCUGAUCGCCCUCCCCACCCCCCUCCCAAUCGUCAGCUCGGCCAAUCGCGGCAGUCCUGUGCAUUCCAUUGAGGUUCGAUAAGAUUUUGAAUCAAUAAAGAUGUUUUUGUCAUAUAAAAAA